GGGACAAGCAAGAUGAUGAGGCGGUCAAGCUGGAGACGUUCUUGUGUGGAUUGGAGCUGGUUUGUACUUACCCCAUAAACUAUCUAGCCAAGUCCAACGAACAAAACAAGCCUUCUGCUCGCUUUCCAAAGCUUAAUACUCUAGUUACUGCAAGCUCUACAGAAACUUUCCGAUCAGAUUCAGACAACAGCAUACUCCGUGGAAUAGAGAAGAGUGUAGAAGAGUUUGCGUCAGCCUCAGCCUACAUAACUGGCCCCUACUUUGCUUUUCUCAAAAGCUUCUUCGAAGCCAAAGACCAGGCCAGGAGGCAUGCCGAAUUAGCGCAACGAGAUCCUGAAUCACAACGAAAUCCCGGGAAUGCAAAGACGAAAUCAGAUGAAGAUGAAAGUUAUCCAAAGCAUGUUUAUGACACACUGUAUAAAGUGAUCAAUAAAUACUCAGAAUGCUAUUGUGGGUUGCCUAAUCGGUCGCCGGAAAUACCGACAAGGCACUGGGGAAGACUCGAGCUUCAGGCAAACUUUGGCACAAUUGACAAUGAGAUCCUUUUUC